AUGACCAACGACUCCGUCAGGAAGUGGCUCGACGAGCUCAAGGACGCUGUCUACGACGCUGACGACCUGUUCGACGAGAUCGCCAUUGAAGAUCUGAAGCGCGAAGCCAGGGUCGAGCCUCGGGCUUUCGUUUAUAAGGUCUGGAGCUUUGCUGCAGACGCUUGUAGGAGUGAAUUGGGGGAUGAGUUAGAGAGGGUUCUGGAGAGAUUGGAGAUAGUGGUGGAGCACAGAGAAGUGCUGGGCCUAAGGGAAGGCAUUCACGAGAGGACGGCUAGAGCUUUGCCGACCACUUCGUUGGUCGAGGAAUUGGGAAUUUUCGGGAGGGAGAAGGACAGGGAGGCAGUGAUCGACUUGCUCUUGUCAGAUCUGGGCGAAAAGAACACCAGCGUGAUGGCCAUCGUUGGGAUGGGCGGUCUCGGUAAGACCACGCUAUCUCAGCUCGUGUUCAACGAUGGUGUGGUGAAAGGGAGUUUCGAGUUGAGGGCGGGGAAGAAAUUCCUAUUGGUGUUGGAUGAUGUUUGGAAUGAGGACUCAAAUCUUUGGGAUGCGUUCCUAGUUCCUUUUACCUAUGGAGCAAGAGGCAGCAAAAUCGUCGUGACGACACGAAAUGAAAGUGUCGCAUCGGUUGCUCGUGCCUUCUCGAAAUACUAUUUACAGAAUUUACAAGACAGGGAAUGUUGGGACUUGUUCGCAAAACAUGCGUUUGACCAGCAUAACUUCGAGGCGCGCACGAGACUUGAAGAAAUCGGGCAAAGAAUUGUAAAGAGAUGUGAUGGAUUGCCUCUUGCGCUGAAGACUAUAGGUAGCUUGUUACGCUGUGAGUCUGAUAUCAGGAAGUGGGAAAUAAUUGCAGAGAGUGUCAUUUGGGAUUUGGCACCUGGAAAGAAUAGAAUUCUCCCUGCCUUGUUGUUAAGUUAUCAUUACCUUCCUCCACAACUGAAACGAUGUUUUGCCUAUUGUUCAAUCUUCCCAAAGGAUUGUAUAUAUGGGAAGGACCAGCUGAUCUUACUUUGGAUUGCUGAGGGCUUGAUAAAACAACCUAACGACAGCAGGACAUUAGAGGAAGUAGGUGAUCAGUGCUUCUGUGAUCUUGUAUCUAGAUCUUUGCUUCAUAGAGUAAGUGAUGUCGAAUCGAGCUUCUGGAUGCAUGACCUGGAAAUUCAGAGUGUUAGCCGGGGCAAAGAAUUUGCGCACUUUCCUGCCGCUAAACGUGGGUCAUGUGAGAUUUCGCGGCACUGUUUGUUGACUGAUGAGGUACUGCAUGUCCUGUUGCCGACCCUGAGACGGUUAAGGGUGCUAUCUUUGUCUUAUUAUGAGGGAAUCUCUGCGUUGCCCAGUUCAAUUGGACGUUUGAAGCAUCUGCGCUAUUUGAAUCUCUCCUAUAAUGAAAGUCUAAGCAGAUUGCCUGAUUCAAUUACAGCUCUAUAUGACUUGCAAACCUUAAUUCUUAGUUACUGUCAGUCUCUCGUUGAGUUACCGAGCAACAUGGGCAGCCUAACCUGUCUGCGUCAUCUUGAUAUAAGGAAGACAUCCCUGAAGAGAAUGCCGCAGGGGAUGAACAGAUUGAAGAAUUUGCAGAUAUUAACUAAUUUCGUGGUGGCCAAAAACGGUGGGACUAGGGUUAGGGAGUUAGGGGAGCUAAGGGAUCUUAUGGGUACACUCUCCAUACAGGGUUUGCAGAAUGUUGAUAGUUACCGAGAUGCUGAGAUAGUCAAUUUGCAGGGAAAGAGGUACUUGAAAAAGUUAAUACUAGAAUGGGGUUACGAUAACAAUAUUAUGCAGCAAAACAGCUUAAAUGUAUUGGACAAGCUGCAACCUCAUUGGAACUUGAGAGAGCUUAUCAUUAUAACUUAUAGUAGUAGGUCAUUUUCCGAUUGGCUGGGACACGGUUCAUUCUCUAAUAUGUCAGUUGUGCAUCUUGAAUCUUGCAAGCACUGUGUGUCAUUGCCUCCUUUAGGACAGCUACCAUCUUUGGAGAAGUUGAUAAUCAAAGGAUUUGAUGGAGUUACUAGUGUGGGUACUGAAUUCAAUGGUAGUAACUGUAUACCUUUUCAGUCACUUAAGUACUUGGAAUUUGAUGACAUGUGCAGCUGGAAAGAGUGGGCUUUUUCUGCAAUAGAAACAGGAGGUCUUGCCUUUACACAUCUACAGAAGCUUUGUAUUAGAAAUUGCCCGCAGUUGAGUGGAGGUUUACCCAGCCAUCUCCCUUCUCUAACAACCUUGUCCAUUAAAGAGUGCCCACAGCUAAUGUCUUCUCUACCAUUUGCACCACUUCUCCGUAAGAUCAAUUUGGAUGAUUGUGGAAAGGUUUCUGGAGUUGAGCCUCUCAUAAAUGGCACUGAGUUACGAGAUAUGGAAAUCGGGAAAUUUUCAACCCUUCCCUUGAGGUGGAGUGCUUCUAGAUGGGGUAAGGCUAACUAA